GCAGCGCUCCAUUUUCUUACAUGUUCUGUGAAAGAGACAGGAAGUGCAAUAGGAAGCUGAUGUGACUUUCGUACUCUGCACAUGUCACUGCGUUGCCGCCUGCCUGUGUAAGAAUUAUGAACAUUACAGUCAGGGAGUUUUAGGCUCUAUCAAAGGCUGCUCUAGACAGAGGGAGGUUGUGAAUAGUUGUAUUUGUUUUCAGAAAAGGAAGCAGGCACCACGAGCUACAAGUCAUGCCUGUGUCAGUGUGUGUGAUCAUAUGGUGCAACCAUGACAAGAGCCGCACUGACUAAACUUCUACUCCUCGUGAUCCUCGCCUUCAUCAUCUGCCUCCCUGAGUUCUUCACAUUGUACAGAGCUUCAAAAGUUAACUUCCUGUGCCUGCCUUACCGACCUCUUGAGCGAGGGAAUAAGGUGAAGAGGGGGGAAGAUGAAAAGAUCAGAAACGCUGAAAACAGGAGGGAAGAUAAGUGCAACCCUUCACAGAAUCAAUCACAUGAAAAGUGGAAGCAGGCCUGUGAAUACGAGAACCAGAGAAACGCAACAGAAUCCAAGAGAAGUGAUGAAGACCCAGACAAGAGCUUGUUCAUGUGUGAGACAGAUUUGGACAUGUCAGCGUUACAGAGCAACAUAUCAUCUUCAGGUUUGAAGGUACAUUUUGAAGUGUCAGUGGAACUUCAACUAAGAUGGGAAAGGAGUCUGAAUCUUACUCUAUACGGUCACAAUAACCGCAGCUCCUUACACCUCCACCCAUAUGAAGAAGAGGAGGAGGACAAGGAGGAUGAUGAUGAAGGACAGUUGAAGGCAUUUUACUGCUGUAUUCCUGUUCUGCCAAACUCUGCCAAUCAAAGCCGCUGUCUCCUGUGGUUCUCCAAUCAAACAGUUUUAGAAUUAUCAACAAAGAAAGAGCUGCAGGGGAAAAGGAUACCAAAAGAUGAGUGGCAGUGUUGGUUAAUGGCGCUCUGGUUGGCUCUGCUGUGCAUUGUGCUGCUCACUGUAGUCUUAACUGUACGUGGACAAAUCUACAGGGAGAGAUCAGUCUGCAAUGACGAAAGAAAACAUGCUGAAGGUAUCAUACCCGAAGGGAUGAUCCUGCACCCAUAUAGUCCACAGCCUUGGCCAGGACUUUCCCCCAUCCAAGAGGUUGAUGUUCAAGAUGGUGCAGAAUCUCUGCUGAAUGGGAAUAUUGACAACAUCUACACAGUAAAUCUGCAUCAUCGUGGACAUCUAUCCACCUCCUCUUUUCCAGAGGAGCAGUGAAGGAAGUUUACAUUAUUGCUGAAAAUACUUGUCCCUGUGUGGGGGAAUAAUAAAACCUGAGACAC